AUGCCCAUCUCUCUGCACUCUCAUUCAGGACAGUACUGCCAGCAUGCUCAUGGCCAACUGGAACAAGUCAUUCAAAAAGCCAUUGCAAUGGAAUUCACAUGUUUUGGACUUAGUGAACAUAUGCCUCGCUCACUCGAUAGGGACUUGUAUCCUGAAGAGGUCCAGCUAGGAAUGUCUCCCUCAUCCCUAUCAACCACAUAUCAAGACUUUAUCACCGAAGCCCGUCGCCUCAUAUCCCAAUGCCAAACCCCAACAACAACACUCCUGCUCGGCAUGGAAACCGAAUACAUCCGCAUAUCCGAUCUAGACGCCGUAAGCACUCUCCGCGCCCUCCACAACAUUGACUACAUUGUCGGAUCCGUACACCACGUUGCCGAAAUCCCGCUAGACUAUAACGAAGAAAUGUAUGCGUCUAUUGAAUCACUGCUUGGAGGAACCGAGACUGUGUUUCGUGUGUACUUCAAUGCCCAGUAUGAGAUGCUAAAGCAGUUGAAACCUGAGGUUGUGGGGCAUUUUGAUUUGGUUAGGUUGUUUAGACCUGAGCAUGGGUUGAGUGAUGUUGUAAUGGGGUUGAUUGAACGUAAUAUUGAGUGGAUUGCGGAGUAUGGUGGGCUGGUGGAGAUUAAUUCUAGGGCGUUGAAGAAGAAUUUGGGGUCGCCGUAUCCGUUUCGUGAUAUUUUGCAGAAAAUGAUUGCAAACAAAAUCAAAUUCACACUAUCAGACGACUCACACGGUCCAAACGAUGUCGCAAUGCAUUACGAUAAGCUGCGAGACUACCUGAUUGAAAACAACAUUACAUCUGUAUAUAGUUUAGCCAAAGACCAGGAUGGUAAAGUCACUGUCAAGGAACAUAGCAAUAUCAGUGCUCAUCCAUUCUGGAGCAAGAAUUGUCUUAUCCCAUCCGUCGAAUCAACUCCAUCAGAAUCAUUGGCAACAGCAACACGAACAGCAACAUCUCCAGCCAGCUCACCCGACCUAGUAGCGGUAGUACGCCCCACAUCACCCUUAUCCAUUAAAUCAGCUUCAUCAUGUGCAUCUCCACGUAUGCACGCAUCAAAACAUAACUCCAUGUCAGACAUUGAGCCAAAACUCCCUGGCUCAUACCCUAGUAACAACAGCAACAGGUCCGAAAUGGAUUCAUCAUUGGUAUCAGAGUCUGAAUUGGUUGUUUCUGAGGCUGGGGUUGUGCAUAAUCAUAGUGAUGAUGAGGUUGGGGACCAUGAGAAGAAGGAGGAAGAAGUUAAAGGAGAAGUGGAAGAAGAAGUGGUGGUUGUUGAGAAGCAACCGGAUUUGGGAGUCAAGUCUCAUGAGAGCUUGGAAGAGUCGUAUAUUAUAACAGCUGGGUCUGUAGAUGAGGAGGAGUUUGUUAUCGUUGAGCCUGAUGAUGCUCUUGAUUGUUGA